AUGUCAGACGCAGAAGAGUCUCGCCAGGCGGGGAGCGGGACGUUCUUGCUCAUCUUGAUCCAGGUAGCCUCCAGAGCGCUCACCUUCGUCGGCAACCAAAUCCUUCUUCGCUUUCUGUCUCCAUCGCUGUUGGGCAUCGCCGUCCAGCUCGAACUUGUCUCUGUAACGAGUCUAUAUUUUGCUCGAGAGAGUCUUCGCGUGGCUUUGCAACGGCCGCGUCCAUCUACACCGUCAACAGAUGCCACUUCUACCGAAAAGCAAUAUCGAAAGGUGGUUGGAGCGGAGACACAGACUGUGAUCAACCUCUCCCACCUGGCCGUGCUCCUGGGUUUGGUUAUCUCGACAUUGUUUGGUUUCUCUUAUAUACGGAGUGCUCCAGAUGAGGUCCUCGACAGUCCUUAUUUUGAUGUAUCGUUUCAGAUCUACGCGGCGGCAACGUUGGUCGAACUACUUGCUGAACCAGCAUUCGUUGUCAUCCAGCAGAAAGCUCUGUACAAAGACAGGGCAAGGGCAGAGACCUGUGCAGCAAUGGCAAGAUGUCUUUCAGCUUGCAUCGUUGCGGUUCUGCUACAUCAGGAAGGCCUCGCUCCUUCGAUCCUACCCUUUGCCGUGGGACAGGUAGCAUAUGCUUUUACCCUCCUGGCUCUUUACUUUCUGCCAAUACUGAAACUAUCGAGAGCCGAGAAAUUCAGCCUCGUUCCGAAACGAAUACUCUCAGCCUCGUCAGAUCAGACGUACUACCUGAAGCUCUUCCACAAGGCAAUCCUCUCUCUGGCAGCAACAAUGUACAUGCAGUCUAUCUUCAAACUACUCCUCACGCAAGGCGAUGCCCUGAUCAUGAGUUUCUUUUCCACUCUCGCAGACCAAGGGGCCUUCGCUCUGGCCUCUAACUACGGCGGCCUGCUAGCCCGCCUAGUCUUUCAACCUGUGGAGGAGAGUAGUCGAAACACAUUCGGACGACUUCUCUCUCCAUCCCCGUCGAGCAGUACCAAAAGCCCACCAUCCUCGGAUUCGCAGAAACAGAUGACCCCGAAUCAGAACACCGAUACCCACCUUGGCCUCUCAUACCUCUUUACAACCUUACACGUCUACCUUCUCUUCUCCCUGCCCUUGAUCAGUCUCGCGCCCAGUAUCCUCCCUCUGCUCAUCCCCUACGUCCUCUCUCCUCAAUGGCGCACCCCCGCGACAUCUCUCCUCCUCUCAACCUACUGCUAUUACAUCCCGCUCAUGGCCGUGAACGGCAUUCUCGAUGCCUUCGUCACUAGCGUCGCUUCUCCAGCACAGCUCCGGAGUCAGAGUCUCUGGAUGCUCGCGUUCACGGGGAUCUACGGGGUCGCAGCCUGGGUCAUGUUGAAGAUGUGGAGGAUGGGCAGCGUUGGCCUUGUGGCCGCGAACAUGGUGAACAUGGGCGUGAGGAUUUUGUGGAGCUUGUGGUUUUUGAGAGCCUGGGUCACCCAACGCGAGGACGAGUCUGGACAAAAGGGAUUGGCCAGGACGACGAUGGUCGGGGAUGUGAUGCCAGCAAAGGCGAGCAUGGCUGUCACGCUGCUUGUGAUGCUCGGGCUGAGAAUGAAUAGCGCAAACACGACACCGGAUGCUGGAAAGGGCGAAUUGAAUAUCCAGUUUCUUGGGAUUUGGAUCAGUGGCGCAGUGAUCUUGGGUUCUACUAUUCUCAUCACCGAGCGCGAAUUUCUGUUACAACUCCUGGAAUCUAUCCUCCCGCAACGCCUCGCUGCAAAGAUUCCCGGCUUUUUGAAACCCUCUUCGACGAAAUCGACACGCGAAGCUGCAAAAUGA